UCUUCUUCUUCCCUUUCCAUUCUACAGCGGCUCAACUUGUUCACCAAGUUUAUUCCGCGCCAUCAAAUCAAAACCCAAACUUUAAACCUAGCAAUUCUGUUCUUAACCAGAUCUUCGUAUCCAAGGCACUGUGCCAACGUCUUCCUUUUUUCUCUCGUCCUUCGUAUUGUUAUCAGAUAGGGGCCGGUGAUCUUAGAAUGAAGAGUUUUCAUUGUUGAAGCUGGAAGAGUAAUUUGGCGAACGAAGAAGACGGAAAGGACAGCAAAAUUCUUCGUUGAGAAAGUAACCAUGAGAGACAUAAGAUGAUGAACAACAUUAUUAGAACUUCAAAAGAAGCAGAUUUGUCGUUAAAGCAGGAAAAUCAUCAUGACAAAACGAAGAAGGCUUCGACUUCAUCAAGCAGCAGCUUAACAGCACAAUGGCUAAGAUCAAAGGAUCCAAGGAUUGUUCGUGUUUCACGAGCCUUCGGAGGGAAAGAUCGUCACAGCAAGGUGUGCACAGUGAGAGGACUGAGAGAUAGACGAGUGAGACUUUCAGUUUCCACAGCUAUUCAGCUAUAUGAUCUUCAAGAGAGGUUAGGGUUCAACCAGCCCAGUAAGGUUGUGGAUUGGUUGCUUGAUGCAGCUAAGCAUAAAAUUGAUGAACUCCCACCACUGCAAAUUCCACCGGGAAGCUUCAGUUUCUGUGAUCAGCCAUCUGGAUCAGUAACUUCUAUGAUGAACAAUAAUCAAGUUUCCACUUCUCAGCCAAAUGAAGAACAAGGGCUUAACAUCAAUGAGAGUCUUCAUCACUUGGAAGGUUCAAACUCAAUCGUGACCAAGUCCAAAGGACAAGUGGCUACUGGUGAAGAGGAUGUAAGAGACAAUGUGUUGACAAGGAGGGCAAAUAAUAAUCCUCCUCCUCCGCACCAUCAUCCUUCUUUUCUGGGUCUGUUGAACACUAUGCCGCUUGGUUGUGGUGUUAAUAAUAACCAAUGGGAGGCUAAUUCAGGCCAUGUUUUUCACUCGGGAAACCUUGGAUUUGCAAACCAGACAGGUUUACACAGCUCUAACAACGUUGUACCUUUCUCAGCAUUGUCAUCAACCUUGUCUUUAUCAACUGGACCAAUAACUCAGCCCUACUUCCCUUCAAAUAUUGGGGCAAUGGAUAUGGAUCAUCAAGGGCAGAUCGAUCAGUAUCAGAUGUUAAGUUCAUCAUCAAAUUCUCUGAUAAGUCCUUCUGUUUAUACUACGAGCCAAUCUACAAAGCCGUUCAGCUUGAGUAUGAUGAUGAAUCCAAAGCUUCUUCGAUCACUGAAUAGCAGUGGAACACAGUCUCGUAAUAAAGACCAGAUUUUUCCUUCCAAGUGACACACAUAUAGUACAGGACUCUCCUCAGAAAAUAAGCAUGGAUUUGAGGAGAGUGAGAAACCAAGCUCGUGUUGGGAAGAUAGUAUUAUUGAUUCUACUAGAUGGAUUUUAAACAAUAGUAACCUCCCUUCGUCAAUUGAUGUUUGACUUUCUGUUGUUUUCUGCUUUAAUGAGUGUGCCCUUCCCUUACUUUUUCUGUGAUCAGUCUGAAAUGUUUCAUAAGAGAAAAAGUAGUUGAAGAGAUUGAUCUGCUUCCCUGACACAGCGUCUUUCAACGGCUAAGACACUUAUUCAAUGACAAUGGUUGAUUAUUUGCCUCA